AUGGGCAAACGCAAGUCCAGCGCCAAGCCGCCGCCUAAGAAGGCGCGUCCCAAGCUGGAGACCACCUUUGCCUGCCCCUUUUGCAACGCCGACAAGAGCGUGGGCUGCGACCUGGACCGCGAGACCAACAUCGGGGCGGUCAAGUGCAGCCAGUGCAAGGCCAGCUGGUCGUGCAAGAUCCACCAGCUGUCCGAGGCGAUAGACGUGUACAGCGACUGGAUCGACGCAUGUGAAGCAGAGAAU